AUGAAGUCGUUCGUGGCGGCUUCUUUGCUCUCUCUUCUUCCCUCAGUAUUCUCAAAAACUGUUACAUAUGAUUUUAAUGUAACAUAUACAACAGCAAAUCCAGACGGCCAAUUCGAGCGUCGUGUAAUUGGUAUCAAUGGAAAAUGGCCAAUUCCUACAAUCGAAAUUGAGAAAGGCGAUAGAUUAGUCGUCAAUCUCGUCAACGGCUUGCCAGAUGUCGAAACAAGUCUUCAUUGGCACGGUCUGUUCCAGAAUGGAACAAACGCUAUGGAUGGGCCUGGGAAAGUUACGCAGUGCGCACUUGCUCCUGGCCAGAAAAUGACCUAUAACUUCACAAUCAACCAACCAGGAACAUACUGGUACCACUCACACAUUAAAGGUCAAUAUCCUGAUGGUAUCCGCGCGCCAUUGAUAGUGCGAGAUCCAAAGGGCCCAUACGCCAAAAAGUACGACGAAGAAGUUGUGAUUUCACUCAGCGACUGGUACCAUGAUGAGAACCCUCCACUUUUGGCAAAGUUUUUGUCUGUCGGAAACCCAACAGGUGCAGAGCCAGUCCCUAACUCUGCUCUCAUGAAUGAAACACAAGGAAUGCCAUUCCAUGUUAAACCUGGAAGGACUUAUAUGGUUCGUUUGGUAAACAUGGCUGCAUUUGCAGCACAGUACUUCUGGAUUGAAGGCCAUACCAUGAGAAUUAUUGAGGUCGAUGGUGAAUACACUGAGGAGGCGGAAGCGGAAAUGAUUUAUCUCACUGCGGCGCAGAGACUUUCUUUCCUUUUGACUACUAAGAACGAAACCACCAAGAACUAUGCCAUUGUCGGAAGUAUGGACGAGGAUCUCUUUGACCAAAUUCCUGACGGACUAAACUCCAACGUUACUGGUCACCUCAUCUACAGCGCUGCAAGACCACUCCCAGAACCUGCGUUCGUCGAUGCAUUCGAGCCAUUUGAUGAUUUCACCUUGGUCCCUUUUGAUGGUGAGGAUCUUUGGGAAGAGCCCACAUACACAUUUGCCCUUGAGGUUAUGAUGGAUAACCUUGGAGACGGUGCAAACUACGCAUUCUUCAAUGGUAUCACUUAUGUUCCCCCUAAAGUUCCCACCCUUUACACUGCUCUCAACGCUGGAAAUCUCAGCUUGACGCCAGAAAUCUACGGCCGCGAUACAAACCCCAUCGUCUUCAAGCAUCACGAUGUCGUUGAAUUGAUUAUCAACAACAACGACCCUGGAAAGCAUCCAUUCCAUCUUCACGGCCAUACUUUCCAGCUCGCCUAUCGUAGCGAUGUUGAUGCUGGCUUCUUCAAUGCUUCUGAUGAGUCCAUCGAAUUCGCCAAAAAGCCAAUGCGAAGAGAUACAGUCUUGGUAAAUCCGGGCGGCAACGUUGUUCUGCGCUUCCGCGCUGAUAACCCCGGUGUUUGGCUUUUCCAUUGUCAUAUUGAGUGGCAUAUUGAGUCCGGUCUCAUUGCCACAUUUAUCGAGGCUCCAGAUGUUUUGCAAAAGACUCAAACCAUCCCGGAAGAUCACCUGGCUAUUUGUAAAGCACAGAACCUCCCAGUAGUCGGAAAUGCUGCUGCGAACGCCGAAGACUACUUGGAUCUCACUGGACAAAAUUUGAGCCCAGCUCCACUGCCAGCAGGAUUCACCGCUCGUGGUAUUGUUGCCUUGGUUUUCAGCGUUAUUGCCGCCUUCAUUGGUAUCGCAGUCAUCACAUUGUAUGGAAGCCAAGAACUGAAACAGAAGAAGGCUUGA